AUGUUAAAUAUUAAUACUCAAGGAGAAAAACUAAAAUAAAGUGCCAAUUAUAUAAAAGUAUUAUUUAAUAUUCUGAUAUUUAGACUCUUUAAAAAGAAGUAAGUGAAUUAAAAGAAAAAAUAAAUAAUCUUGAAUUUGAACUAUCAACUCUUAAAUUCCUAGAAUAAUAUAUUUAAUAUGAAAUACCAAAACAAGAUGAAAUCAAUGAAGAUAGGGUAAUUUAUUAAUUGAAUUUAGGAAAGAGAAAAAUAGGAAUCAUAAUCUAAACUCAAUAAAUUACUUAAAGAAAUUUAAGACCUUAAAGAUUCUAAUUCAGAUUUGUAAUCUUAAAUAAAGACUAAAGAUUAAUUAAAAUAGGAAAUAAUAGAAAAACAUAAAUUAGAAUUAUUAAAAAAACAAUAGGACUUUGAGAAAUGUUAAGCUGAAUUAGAGGCUAAAAACAAAUUAUUUGAUGAAAUGAAAAAAAAAGAAGAAGAAAAUUAUGCUAUUAUUUAAGAAGGUUCUGCAACUAAUUCACCUACUAAUGAUAGAAAAAUACAUGAUAUUCAAAAAUAUUAAAUAGAAAAUUAAAGAAUAAAAAAUGAAUACUAACAAUUAAAAAAAGAAUAUGAUAAUUUAACAAAUAUUUUUAAUGAUUUAGUUAAAGAAAGACAUAAAUAAGAUGAAGAUAAUCAAUAAUCUGUGAGAGAUUGGAAAACUAAAUAUGAUUAAAUAGCUAAACUUCGUGAUUCUGAUAAAGAAAGUUUUUAAUCUUAAUUAGAAGAUAAAACUAAAGUUAUUGGUAAUCUUUAAUAAAAGCUUUACUAAAUAUAAAAGGAAACAAGUACAAAAGAAACAUAGACACGUUUCUUAAAAAGAUAAUAAGAAUAGUAUAAAUUAUAUUAAUUUUUAAGUUCAAUUUCAUUUUAAUGUGAUGAUGAGUAAUUAGAUUUAUUAGAUAAAACAUUAGAAACCAUUUCAAAUAGUUCUGUCUAAUAAAUUAUUACUAUGUGUUAAACAUAGAGUCAAUAAAAUAAUUUAUUAAGAGAACUAAAAAGAAUAAUAGAAGAAACAAUUAACGUUGUACAUCAAAAACUUACAGCAUCUUUACCUUAAAUAAUUAAAACAUGUUGUGAAGUAAAAGAUUCCUCAUCAAUUUCAUUGAUAUUAUGA